GUAAAAUCAUCCUGCAAAACUUAAGGAAAAGUAGUGGCUUUAGAACAUGGGCACACACAUACACUAACGCCAAAUCAAGCACAAAUUAAUUUUCAGAAAAUUUUUUUAUCAGGAAUUGAACCAUUUCAUUGCUUCCCUAAUUAAGAUAAAUCGACUACACAAAACAGGCAUGGUUUCCCUGACACUUGUAGCAUACUGUACAUUUUCAAAGCACUUAAACAAGUGAUAUGUUUUUUAAAUUACACAUGUAUUUCAUGACCAAACGGACACAUCCUUAAUUUAAUUAGGCUUACUUCAUAACCUAUCCUAUUACAUCAUGUGGGAACCUAUAACAUACAGCAAUAAAAUACGUGCUCAUGUCUUUGAACAUCAAAAAGUGGCUGUGAAAUAGGAAGGAAAAUAAUUAGCUGAUGACCUUGUACUUUAGGGCAUCUGCCUCCCAAUAUACAAUGUCCUCUGUUAAUCCACAUGCGUCUGUCAAAUGUUUAUAGAAUCUUCAUUAACUACAACUCUUUCAAGAUAACAAAUCCAAACGCAUGGAAUCAAUGUCCAAGAUAAGGAAAACUGUAUUUUGGUUGACAAGAGGCUGCUGUUUGCAACAGAUUGAGACACAGAAAGUAGAAACACUUUGCUAUUCAGGACGUCAACUGUCAAGCGUUUUAUAUUUAUGUAAUGUUUCUUUAAUUUCAAAGGUACAAAACUGAGAUAAUAUAUGUCCUCAAUUUAUCAAUGCAAACAACAAUGAACUACUUAAUACUAAUCCUCAUAUAUACAGCCUUCAUUGGCUCCAUAAGCUGCAAACCAGUUAGUGUCAAGAGUAAAGUGAUACAAGACAGAAUUCGUUUAUUGUACAGUGCUUCAGAAUUAGAAGUUCCUUUUGGAAAGAAUACAUUUUUGAGGAAUUCAACAGCUAAAGUUCAAAAGAAUUCAUCUGGAGUCCAAGGGAACAUCGAUCCUGUUCAGUUUAUGCUCAAUCUGUACAACCAGUUUGUAUCAGCAAGCUCAUCAAUGCCUCAGUUUAACACAGUCCGAAGCUUCACAGCAGAAGAUGCUGUACUAUUAGGAGCUAACGGCAGCAAGGCGCAUUACCUGCUCCUUUUCAAUGUUUCUGUCCCUUACCAUGAACAAAUUACUGUGGCUGAGCUGAGACUUUAUACUUUGCUUACCAAGGGUUUUGAAUGUUCAAACCAAGUCAAAUACACAAUUAAAAUAUAUGAUAUGCAGAACCAAGGAAAUAAAACCAGAUUGCAACUGCUGAACUCAAAGGAAAUAGAUGGGGAUUUAAAUUCCUGGAUAUCAUUUAUAAUUACUGGAGGUGUUAAGCGAUGGGUAGAAUUUGGCCAGACAACUAAUACUCUUCAAGUACACAUUGAACAAAAGGACAGUGAACAGUUCAAGUCUGGAUGUUUAAAAAUCAGCACAGGUUUUAAAAAUAAAAAGUUGCCUGUGAUUAUACUAUUUUCUAACGAUCCAAACAGUCAAAAGCAAGAGAAAAAGAUUAAUAAACAAAUGAUUUUCAAAGAGGAAACACGUCUUUUACAAGGGGGAAAGAAUGGAACAAGGAAUAUGGCUAAUGUGAGUAAGGUAUUGAAUAGAGCCAAACGUAAUAUAGCACACAAUCAUUGCAGAAGGACUCCACUUCAUGUUAACUUCAAGGACAUUGGAUGGGAUUCUUGGAUAAUUGCCCCAAAAGAAUAUGAUGCAUUUGAAUGCAGAGGCAUAUGCCACGUCCCAAUGACUGAUGAUGUCACACCGACUAACCAUGCGAUGAUACAAAGUCUGCUACAUAUUAAAUACCCCAAGAAAGUACAGAAGGUCUGCUGUGUUCCUACAAAGCUGGAUCCAAUUUCUUUACUUUAUCGAGAUGAAUCUGGAACAGUGACACUUAAAAAUGCGUAUGAAGGGAUGAAAGUGGCUGCAUGUGGAUGUAGGUAGUAGCUUUUAAACUGUGUUCUUGACUACUUUGUGCAAAUCUGUAGAUUAAUAAUGUAAAUUGGUGUUUGAUUUAUCAUAAUAUGUACAGCAAAACUCCUCAUUUAC